AAAAUCCGCGGUCACACUGUCUGGCUCGCGUCCGAGAAAAAAUUGCGCUAGAAUUUGCAAAACUAAAAGAUUUUUUUUUUGCCGGAAAAAAGGCAUAGAAUUUUGCAAUCUGAGCAUCGUCGGUUGACGAACAAAGAGGCGACUUGACGCGUAGCAGCGUGUACAGCAUAGUGAUAAAGAAGAGGAGGAAAAGACAUUUUCCAACAACAAUUGCAGCACAGACUAGGCUGAAUACAAGAUGUCUGGCAUUGCUAUAACACGAUUGGGCGAGGAGCGCAAGGCCUGGCGUAAGGACCAUCCAUACGGAUUUGUUGCUCGCCCCGCCAAGAAUCCCGAUGGCACCCUCAACCUAAUGAUUUGGGAGUGCGCCAUUCCCGGAAAGAAGUCCACCCCCUGGGAGGGGGGCCUCUACAAGCUUCGCAUGAUUUUCAAGGAUGACUAUCCAACCUCUCCGCCGAAAUGCAAAUUUGAGCCACCUCUCUUCCAUCCUAACGUGUAUCCGUCGGGCACUGUCUGCCUCUCGCUGCUGGAUGAGGAGAAGGACUGGCGCCCGGCCAUCACCAUUAAGCAAAUUCUUCUGGGCAUCCAGGAUCUGCUCAAUGAGCCGAACAUCAAGGAUCCGGCCCAGGCCGAGGCUUACACUAUUUACUGCCAGAACCGCCUGGAGUAUGAGAAACGUGUGCGUGCACAGGCCCGUGCCAUGGCCGCUACCGAGUAAUCCCCUCUUCAACCCACACAUAGACAUUAAAAACCGAUCACCAACAAACAAACAAACCAACACACACACACCAACAAAAACAAAAACAUCUAGAAUGGCAGCAUUUUCGAGAAUGCUCUAAUAUCUUUUUACUUCUACUAAGUCUAUCUAAAUAAACAAUUACUUAUGUAUGUAUGUGAACCACGAUGUAAUAUCGGAUUUGCACUGAAAUUAUAAUUUUAUUAAAAUUGCUUCAGUGCAUACACACAAGUA